AUGGCGACAGAUAUGACUCUUAAGAGUGAAAGACUUUCGGCCGACCAGGAUAGUCUAAGUGACCACUCCGGCGGCGACAUGGACGCCGAACUGGACAGCGACCAGGAGCAGGAUUUGGACAAGAUGCUCGGCACUUGGCUCGGGGAGCUGGAGAUAAUGACCAAGAAUUUAGACAGCACCGUAGCUGAGACGCCCACUUCUCCCACACCGCCAGCGCCCGCGGUUAACGAUUUGGACAACUUCCAGUUCUCCAUGCUCAAUCUUGAAGUUGCAAGAAACAACGACACCAACUCGCAAGAUUCCCCCGAUGUCGACCUCGACGCCCUCUUGGGCGACCUUUGUCAAAUGGAGCAGAGCCUCAACGCGCAGAUGGACAGCUGCGACGCAAACAGCAACGCCAACAGCAACUCAAUACCGCAUUUCCCCAGUUACAACUACACUAGUAGCACGGAUGCAGCGUCUAUAACUCAACCCCCGCCAGUCAUCCACACGGUGCCGGCGACGCCCCCGAGUUUCGUUCCAUCGCCACCUAGCUUCACUCCGGACGAUACUUUACCCCCUCCUCCACCUCCAACAUCAUCAAACGAAAUCAUCGAUCAAAUGCCGCUACCCCCACCCCCAUCAGCUGAUACCCCGGACAGUGAGCCAUCUACGCCCCCUCCCCCACCCCAACAGAUGGUCAUACCACCCCCACCAUCUGUCGUCACAGCGCCCCCAUCCUUGCAGAAGACACCCCCAGAAUCUCUAGCGUUACAAACGAGAGAGGAAGUGUCUCCCACGAAGGACUUCUCUCCUCUUAAGCCGAGCUUCUUGAGCCCUCGAUCCCCACUCGGUCAACAAGCACCAUAUUCCAUGAGCGUUCGAGUCAAGCUUCAAGACUUUGAGGCCCAGCUAGCGAGCGACUCUACCCUGACGGAGGAGGAGAAAGUCUCCAAGUUGAAGGCGGAGAAGAUCAAGAUUGCCCUGGAAAAACUUAAGAAGGCCCGGGUACAAAAGCUGAUUAUCAGGGUUUAUGGCGAUGACGGGAGUUCCAAGACCAUGUUUGCAGACGAGACGAUGACGUGCCGGCAAGUCGUCCACAUCCUUGUUGAGAAGAACCAUCUUGAUGAGAGAGCAGACUGGGCUGUUGUGGAACAGAUACCCGACCUCUAUAUGGAGAGAGUUCUGGAGGACCAGGAGCACUUAGUGACCGACAUCUUACUGCAUUGGAAGCGAGACUCGACGAGUCGACUUCUGUUUACUGAAAGAAGGGAGAAGUACGCAGUAUUCAGAAACCCACAGAAUUUCCUUCUGUCGACCCACACAUCCCAAGUUGCGACAGAGUUUGCCGAGAAAUCCAAGCAGACGUUGAUUGAUGAAUUCUUCUCUGAGGGAAGACAGGGCGUGCCUGAGAUUGAGGGACCUCUGUACCUUAAAGCUGAGGGCAAGAAAUCCUGGAAGAAAUACUUCUUCAUCCUUAGAGCGUCUGGGAUUUAUUACACUCCAAAAGGAAAGUCUAAGUCGUCUAAGGAUUUGGUGUGCUUGGUGCAGUUUGAACAUGUGAACGUCUACAGUGGAAUAGGUUGGAAGAAGAAGUUCAAGGCCCCGUCUGACCACUGCUUUGCUCUCAAGCAUCCACAAAUCCAACAGAAGUCAAAGUACAUCAAGUACCUGUCGGCCGAGGAUUACCGCACCUGUCAACGGUGGAUGGCUGGAAUCAGGAUAGCAAAGUACGGACGAGUGAUGCUGGAUAACUACAUAGAGACUCAGCGUGAGAUGGUCGACUACUCAUCAAGUAUUGAGAGUAUGUCAACGAGCAGCCUUGGUGAUAGCUCAUCUAUCUCCAGUAUGCACUCGAGCGUCAGCAAUCACAGUACUCAAAGCUCCCUCGGUUCUGGUGUGAGUCCGAGCGGCAGCACAUUGAGCGUUCCUCCGAUGCAGUCGAGCAUCAAUCCAGCACGACAGGGCAGUAUGGGUAAUAUGUUUGCCAGCGCCUGGAAGAAAGGAAGAGAAAAGGAAAGCCAAGUGGACUCCCCUAACAUGGACCGUUACAAUUCACCCGCACAAGGAGAAAGGAUUCCUGAUGAGGGAACCUUCCAGUUUAAACCUCCUCUGGUCAAACCCUCUCAGCCUCCAACUCAGCCGUCCCAACCCAAAGACUCCCCCAUCGAUAACGACAUGGAGCGAACCCUGAUGGAACUGGAAAUGAACCUGGCUCGCGACCAAGAGUCUGCCCAACAGGUACUAGCACCGCAGGUGUUGUUACCCCCCUCUAUCAAGACAAAUCUGAACAACUCCAAUGCCCGGCCAGUCCAUGUCAAGGUCACGGCUAGAAAUUCAGACGCGGUGACUGUAAAAGUCACCCCGCAACCUUCAAACGGGGGCACGAGACACGAGCCACGGAGCUGCCCGCCUCCCAUUGCUCCCAAACCUCAUACUACCACCACUACUCCUUGCAUUUCAUCCACUAACCAAAUCUCGCCAAGCGCGGAGAUGAACCUUAAACAGACCUCUUCUAUUAUAAGUUCAAGGCCGAGGGAAACGAACCUCGUAAGGAGCGAAAGUAAGAGGGUUCAGUUUAAGGAGGUCUUGGAGGAAAACAUCCCAGUCCGAGGCAGAGCUGCCGAAAAGGAGCCAAUUGCAUCCCCGCCCAAUUCCCCGUUGAAGCCUAUCUUGAAUACAACUCCCGCCCCGCCCUCCUCACCGCAUCCCACCUCCACCUUCUCGCCCCUCUCCUCCCCGUCUCAACCCCUUCACUCCGCCUCAAACACCUUCCACUCAACCUUCUCAUCACCUCACACCACUAACAUUAACACAACUCAUCAACCAGCGAGUGGAGGGUUGACAAAUAUGGUGAGAGAACCCAGGGCACUACCCGUCACGCCACCCCAGAGUAACGGUUACGGUCACGUUCAGCAGGCAACUCUGCAGCACGCACCUCCAAGGCAAGCUAAUUCUUCUUUCCUUGCAGAACUGAACAGCGCCCUUAAGCCCAACAAACCAGGGGGUCUGUCGGGGAAACCACCAGUCUCCCCAAGACCCCCUCUCUCCCCAAAGCCAAAACCGCACAGGCAAGAAAUUACACCGCAACAAAAUACUAGUAGACAGGGGGUCCCAUCCUCCCCAUUGGCACACUCAGCAUCACACAAUGCACACAAAGAUAACACAUCCACAUUCAAUAGCACCCCUAAGUUGCAAUCGUUUUGUAAACAGGGUUCCCCAACCCCUCUAAGGGUGCGUACGCCCAGUUCCCCUGUUGUACCCCCAAAGGUAAACAGUACACCUACAAACAAGCCCCCGUCCCCACGGGUCCGGAAUUCGCCACCCUCUUCUCCUGCAACCCAGGGGGCGAUAUUUGUCUUGCCCCCUUCCCCAAGCACCCAGCUGAAACGGGCAUCAGUGGUGGGUAACCAGGUCAAACGAAGUGUGUCUAACAGGGGCGCCAAGCCACCCCCACUACCAAGGCGAGAUGGGGGUACACAAUUAAGUUCCGGACAGGUCGAGAAAAAACAACCCCCUCCCCCACCCCAAAGGACAACAUGAUAAAUUUGACCUUCUUAAUACUCAAUUUUCUACACCAUCAUAAGAAUAUUGUAUCACAAAUUUAACCCCACCAAAAUAUUUUGAUGAACAUUUUUAUGAAAAGGUUAUCAAUUUCAGACAAUUUUUAAAAACAACAAAUUAAAUUAGAUUUUUAUACUGUUACCCCAAAUCUGUACAUAGGCUUCGUGAUUCUUCUAAAAUAAUAUUUACAAGAAAAAGCUAUUAUUGGAAACAGAAAGUGUACAUAAAAGGUAUUUUUGGAAAUUUUAAAGAUGUUUGUAACAGUCGUGUGAGUGUUUUUUAAACACCAAAUCAUUGUGACAGGGUUUUUUGGAGGCUUCUUGUACAGGAAUUGUAAAACCAAAAUUAAGAAACAACAGCUAAGAAAACAACCUGAACAGUUUUCGUUUAUCAACUUUAAAAUGAAGUUAAAAUAUUUUUGUACAAAUGAACAUAUUAUUGGUAGGAUUUAUAUAGCAACUUUUAAGAUGCGCAUGUUUUAGCACAAUUUUAAAAUGUUUUUUAGUCUAAGAUAAAGUAGAGACUUGAAAACAUAGGACUCAUUUUAUGAGAAAAACAAACAUAGCAGUUAGAAUAGACGAGAAAAACAGUCUUUCUAGUGUUUUCAUACACCUUUUUCAUACUUGACAGUUGUCUGAAUUUAGUAUUACAAAAUGUCUUUCUCUUUUCGUACCAGUUGCUACCAAUAAGGAAUAUAUUGUAAACAAGAAGAAUAGUUGUUUAUUUCAUUUCUAAAUUGGUGAUUUAUUUGGUUCGUUUUGUUGUGUGACACAAGAAACUGCACAAAUCUUUCUUGUUGAAAUACUUUGUCAAUUUUUGUAGCUUUUUACGAUGUUUCGGAAAGUUAAACGAUGAGCUAGGGUUGUUCUAAACAGUAAAUACAGGCAUCGACUCAAAACAAGAAAACAACAAACUGACAUUAUUUUUGAUCACAUUGCAUACUGAGUAUUCAUAGGAUUUCAUGGUUGCUAUGGCAACUUGACAAAAUGGCCACCAAAGUUCAGGUUUAGUAUAAAACAAACAGUUGGUGUUUAACUCGAAUUACUCAAUUCUAAUAUUAGUCUUUCAAACUUUUUCCUAAAUAACAAUCAUAUUUUUGUUGUUGGAUGGACCAAAACUUUUAACAAGCUCCUUUUUUACAUUUGAUUGGUCAUUCAUGGGUUGAUAGUCUCGUUAACAAUGUUUCCCUCUUUCACACACUGUCAACUUCAUUGGAGUAACUUUUUUGGUUUUCUAACAAGGAUUUGUGUUUUUAGUUUCAUUAUUUUCCCCACAUAUUCAGUGGACAUUUUCAUUUGACUUCAUCUGUUAACACUUAUUUCAUGUUUGUCAAUCACCCAGUUAUAAUAACCCUUUUUUAAUUAAAGUCUUUUUAAAUUUCAUAAAUAAGGGGCUAAACAAUUACUUGAUACUGUCGGCUCUGUGUUUAAGACAUAAUUUCCAAAAGUCCAAGGGGCAAUUCCACUGUUGUUCACACUAUGUUGACCUUGGGUAUCAAAACUAAUAAAACAUUUAGUUUGUUUUUAUUUAUUUAUUUUUAAAAAUCUAUCUGGUUAUGUAUAACAAUAAUGUUUUAUAUCUGUGGUCAACGUCGCGUGAAUAUCCGUGGACUGAACCUGAGGGUGGUUGAGGGUCGUAACAUUUAAUUCUUCUCGGAAGUAUGGUACACGUCCAGGGAACGAUUUCACCCAUCAAUUUUCCAUGUUGAACGUGAACUUGUUUUCAUGCUCACUGAAUGCUAAUUUUGAGUUGCAAUAGACCCAGUUAAAGCACGCAACACACUUGCCCCCGCUUCUCCUGUCAGCCAUUUUGGGUGUCAAAACGACACAAAAGAAUGGUACUCGUAUUUACGUACCUCUGAACAAUGUGCGUCAACCAUUUCUGCUUUUUAGGGGAAGUCUAUUCCUUUUGUGCACAUUUUGACACACAAAAAUGGUGGACAGGAGACGCGUGUGUAUAUGCGCUGCGCGUUGUGCAUAGGUACAUUUUGUGAAGCAUUUUGGGAAAUCAUUCGCUGGUACAGUGGCAUUUCUUCGGCACUGUGACUACCUCUACUCUCACUCCGCUAGUCUACUGGGAAUUCUGAUUGUCUUACAGCACACAGGGCAGGUUGUAUCAAAGUAUGAAUCUCAAAUCGGCUGGAAUUGCAAUUUCUAUUGUUUUUUCCAUGCAGGGACAGUGACAGCAGUGCCUCGAGCUGAGCCCACGUUCCGCACUAGAGGGCGCUAUAAACUCCCCCCAAUGAAUUCCUAAAGCAACGUCCUUGAGUUUGAUGAUGCAAACUGUGUGAUGAAAAUUAAUGGCAGAUCCAGUGUGGUGUGAAAAGGAGGGGAAAACUACCCUACAAUAGAAAGAGUCUGUAGAGAGAGUAUUUGAAAAUGGAAAGCGUCAUUUUUUUUUUCUUCGGGUGUCUAAAAUGUAGUGUAAAUUGAAAACAAGAUUUUUUUUUUUUUUCUUUUCUUUUCUUUUUUAAGUAAAAAUAAAUAAAAUAUUCACCUUUUCAAAAAUUAUAUGUAAGUUACAUUAAAUGUUUUCAGAUCAGAUUUACUGAAAACAUUUAGUGAAUGAAAAAGAAUGGGUCCACAAGACGCCUCUUUGACCAAAGAGACAAAUGGGGCGUGGUCAUGGUCAAAUUGUUGACCUGCUACAUGGAUUUACUGCGCUUUCAUUUUCCAUGCCUUCCAUGCUUCGCUUUUAAAUCUAUGAAGUAUGGCAGAAUGUCUCGUAAAUCAUAUUUACCAUCUCCUCUUUUCCGUUCUUAUUUUUUUUUACUUUGCACCCGUCUUCAUCAAAAGUGCGAACCACCUGUACCAUUUGGAGAGAAACAAUCGUUUGAAAAAGUAAUUUUUGCAAGAAACCCUCCUUUUAUUUUUAGUAUUAUUAUUUUUGUUUUUUGGUGUUGGGGUUGGUUUGGGAAGGAGGUUUAAUCUCCUUUCACCCAUUCUGGAUCUGCUUUUGUUUUGAUGAAAAGGUCAAUGACCUGUGCUUCCAAAAUUUGUUUAUACUUUGUUGCUGGAAAAAGUUCCCUGCACGAUACUCCUAUUUCAAAGGAAUUGAUCAUGAAUUAAAUUUUUCCAUGUGUCGUUACAUUUGAAUGCCCACUGAACUGUUUACUGAAACUAUUGAAAAUGUUUAUAUUUGUUUUCUCUGCGUGUUUGUGUGUAUGAAAUUCACCCGUUUCUUCUUUGCAUCCCUACAGGACAACGAGAGUUGAGUUGACCAAUCAAAGAGGCCCUCAGCAUGUGCCGUGGUCUCGCAUGCAGUAUUCCAUCUAGAUGUGGCAUGUCAUUAUUUGUUUCUGCACUGGUACACAACCCCCCACUUUACAGGUGGACCGUGGAGUUCCCAUCCCAAAUCCCAAAUGUUCUCACCGUAAACAAAACAACAUUGUUCACUUGUUGACUACAGUCUUGUGCCCGGGCUUUUCGUUGUACUUUCAUUUCACAGUUUAUGGGUAAAUUUUCAUCAGACUAACAUGAAGUACCGUACUUCAAAAGGAGAAGUAAUUAUUGGACUGAAUUCUUCGUAGUUUUGUAUCUUUUGAAACGAAACAAAAUCACCCAGAAUGUUUUAAAUUUUUAUAACUUUUUGUUUUGCUAUAACCUUUUUUUAAUUUUUUUUAUUAAUUUAUUUGGUUUAUUAUCAUUUUGCUAAAAUUAUUCAGAGGUCAGGAGUAACUCUGAAAUAUUUUAUUCAAUUUAUAGCGACACUCUGUGUCCAUUAUUUAAAAAAAAACUAAGUUCAAGUACAAUACAUUGUAUUUCCAAACUGAAGAGUAUAACACAGGUUCCAAUGCGGCUCAAUCCAAAAGAACAUUUGGGAUGUAGGUUCUCCACACAAGCCCCCCCUGGGAUAAAGGUUGUUCCUCACCAUCUUGUUCCUCACCAGCUCUGCAUGAUUACACUGCACACGCUCAGUCAGUGUCUUCUUCUGGAUCUCUUCUAUCUGGUCGCUCACCGAUAAGUUUUGAGUUUGCAUGGUUGUAAAUAGCAAAGUUUGUUUUUGUUCUGUUGUUUUUAUUUUAUUUUAGUUAUGACUUGUUCAUUUUUAGUGAGGCUUGUGCUUCCCUACAUGGCAAUGAUGCACAAUGCACAUACUCUUAAGAAGAAGAGGAAGAUCAUUGUAAUAAAAAAAAACUAGACUUUGUGUUUGUCCAAGAGACAACCACAAAGCAUUUUUGACACUAUAUUCUAGCUUAUUUAACAAGAAAAUUUGUUAGACAAUCAUGUAGAUCCAUCAAUUGACAAUUAAAACUAAAGCUAAAGUUCCUGAAUUCUUAAAAUAACUCAAACCUAAUUCAAAUUGUGUAUUUGAAUGCCGUCUCAAACUGUUUUCCAAUGGAUGAAUCAUACUUUAUCAAAAAGUUCACUCAAUCUUUAUUAAACAUUUUAGAUUCUAGAUUUGAUAUUUUCAAAAGACUUUUUCUGAUUUGAAUUAAAAAGUCAGCAUCCAACUUUAGACAGUUAUGAAAACUUGUCAACUUGUCAAAAUUUUUCAAAAAUAGUUUGAAUAUUAGCUGACUGAUAUUUUUAGAAUUUACUAUUUCAAUCUUUAAAAGUGCAAAGCUGUUUCAUUGACGACACAGGGACAGGAACUCUAGUUUACUGAUUUGGACAAGUCUACCAGUGCUCUGUGCAAUUUUUAGUUUGUUAUGUUUUUUGUUUUGUGUCUUCUUUACUUUUACAGCUUCAUGCAGCAGCUGUUUUAGGAAAUUUUAAUUACAAAAAGAUGAUAAAAUCUCUACCAGUUAUAAACAGUUAGCUAUUUAAUUAAGUACUAAAUUGUAAUUUUAUAAAUAUGUCAAUUUUGAAAGUUUUGUAUUUGACAACAAUUGAAAAAGAAAUGAUUUCAUUUUGUUUACAUUUAAUAUUAUAUGCUCUUUUAACUCUAAUGUUCCUAAAGGUGGUACAAAGGCAAGAUUUAAUAUCAUGCCCAUUUGGGCUAACAGGUACUAAUCCGUACCAUCACGUUUGUAUUAAGGGGAGUUCCAAAUAUUCUGAACUGUCUUAAAGAUAAUAGCCCUCUUACAUAUGACGAUGUCUUAAGCUCAAACAUUAUGGUUUGAGAGUUGUGUGUGUGACAUGUGACGAGCAACACUGCUGGUAUGAGGUCACGCGCACGUUUUUACACACAAACAACAGGGCCCAAUUAAAUAUUGCUGAACGAUUUCCUGCUAAGCAGAAAUGAGUAGGAUACCAGUCAAAAAUUGUG